AUUCAUAACUGGACUGAGUUUGACCAACUUGCCACACUUGAGAACACGGUUGGCUAAAACAUGAAUCAAUAUCAGGAUCUCAGCAAUUAAAAGCUCAUUGUUGCCGACACAAGCACUGCAGAGGACGGUGGUAACAUCUGCAAAUAUCUUCUGCAUAUGAACAUGUUUUUUUAAUUCCGGUUUAUAAUGUUAUUUUCUAUUGGUAUCAGCUUUCCACUUUCACGGAAUCUUCACUUUCAUCUGCCACUUGUCUUUCCCUCGCUGUAAAGAUGGAAGCUGUCCGAAUCUUACAUUGGCAGUUGAUCGGUGUGCUGUGAGGUGGACACUUGCUCCUUAAAGGAAGAAUACACUCCCAAUAGUGUUAGGCACAGUGAUUUGAGUAUUUCUUGUUUCUGUGCCGUCGGGCUGAAUGUGACUAAUUUGCCGUUGAGAAUCUCCACUGCUAGAGGGAGUAAUUCUAUUUUAGCUGCAGUCCUAACUGCGGAUCUGUUCAUGCGGGUACCUUGCAGUGUUUUGCGACUGCUUUGACACACUUUAAAAUGUUUCGUACCAAAUUAUUGCUUUGAGUCUUCCUGCGGUCGUUAAAUUCUCAAGAGGCCACCAUCUCCAGGAAUCUUCUUUUGCCCGUUUCUCGCAGUACGUUGCACGGAACCCUCUCGGACCGUGAGAUGGUUUUCUCAAGCUCACAGUUCUAAAGGCCCUGUGUGUUGGAGAUGGCGUGGCGCUGUGAGCGAUGUGGGAUGGGAUUCCGCUCCCAGCAGCUGAAGAACAAACACAGGGAUAGGUUCUGCAUCGGAGACGUGCACGGGGAGAGGAGCAACACUCCCUCUCACCUGGCGUCGCAGCUGAUGUCGUUUAAGAAACGUCGCGAGGAGAUGAGGACACGGCGAGACAUGGAGGAGAAGCUGCUCCUGGAGAGAGAGAGGGGCAUCCUGAGACGGGAGGGCAGUGGGGACGAUGAUGGAGACGAACAAGCCCUUGGCCACCUCGCGCAAGAGUUUCACAAACUGCGCGCGUCCAUUGAGGCGAACAUUGCCACCAACCGCUCCUGGAGAGGCAAUGAAGAAGACAUCAACACCAAAAAUAUGCAGCUGAGGGCCUUGGCAGAGGCUCAUGGGAGGCAGCUCGCCGAAAUCCAGGCCCGGAAUUCCGAGCUGGAGCAUCAGAGAGAAGACAUACGCAGGAAAAUGGAGGAGCUGUCUUCCCGAAAACAAGGCGGAGGUGGAGGAGGAGGAGAGGGUGUGGCACAAGACAACUCCGUGUCGAGACUUAUCCGGGAACUGCGCGAGCAGGAGCAGCGCAACCAGGCCUCGCUGGGCCUCCUCACUCAGCAGCUCCAGCAGCUGCAAGGCAAAGCCUCAUCCAAUCCUGCAGAAGGAACGACUGAACCUCAGUCCAAUCAAAACAUGGCCGCGUUUAUUCCUUACCUAGGAGGCGGAAGCCUUUCUGCAGAGAUCAGUGCUGUGCGUAUGCAUUACCUGCACAGCGGGGGUCGGGACCCGGUGCUCCUGGGCCACAUGCAGGCUCUGCAGGCAGAGGCGGAGGCCUUGGAGAAGCCUCGACCUGCACGGGCACCAAGGCAGGAGAAGCCUCGGCACAAGGGCCACAAGCGUGGAGAGGCCCUCAGACGAAGCCUGGACGCUGAACUUUUGGCCGUGGAGUUGGAGAACCAGCGCCUGGAGGAUGAGAUUUUCCGCCUCAAGAUCCGGGGAGACAGGAAGAGACACGGAAGCGAUGACGAGCUGAGCAAGGAGCUCCAGCUGCUGCAGCGCGAGCACAUGAUGAAGAUGGCGGAGCUGGAGGCCGAGAUGGAUCUGCUGAGACAGCAGAUGCAGCAGUCGGGCGCAGGCGCUCGGAAUCAGUCGCUGAUGCAACAUCAGCAGCAGCCGCAGCCACCGCUAACUCCACCACUUCCACAUGAUGGGAUCAGAGCUCAAACUCCGACCCUCGCUCGCCAUUUCCUCGACCCCGCUGAGGCCAUGGGACCAUCGCCAUACGACCCCUCCUCUGGCUUCAUCGUCUUCUACGACUUCAUCUCGGGUCUGGACCCCGGCUCACGCUCGGCUCGCCUGGUGGUCGGACUCUACCACCAGGGCCAGGAGAUGGGGGUGCCGUCACCGCUGCCCCCCGUCGCGUGCCACUUGGGCUGGCCCGGCCCCAGCGCAGGCCUCACCGCCACCCUUGCUACUAGACAACCCGUGCACAGAUUGGCCCCGUCCACGCACACCCAGCUGCUGCUUGAGCUGCAGGUGGCCUCGGCCGGGGGCGGGCAGCAGCCGUGGGGAGCUGGCGCGGGGGCCGCCGGGUCGAGGUUGGUGUCGCGGGGAUGGGCGCCCGUGCACCUCUUUGACCGGCACAACCGCCUGAUGAGUGGGCGCUGGAGGGUGCCUCUUCGGCUGACUCCCGUGAGGCCGGGCCUCACUCCGGGGCAGGUCAAUGCCGUGCCGCAGCUGGGCAGGGCAGAGGUGUUCCUGAGACUCGUGAACGCGCGCGACGCUGAGCUGCAGUCUCUGGCACCGGUGGACCCCAGCAACGCUCAGUCCUACCACUACCAGCCCCUGGACGAGCCUGGGGGCCGCUCGGCGGCCGAGGCCCCGAAGAAGCCGUGGGGGCCCGAGGGGACGCAGCACUUCACGUUCCACCCGCACCCCCUGCUGCACACAGACCCCCCUCCCCCACGCGACCUCGGGCAGCAGAGGAAUCUGUCAUCACUGUGAGGGCAGUGGUGGUGGUGGAGUCGUGGUAGGGUGAGAGGUGGGGGCUGGGUUAGAGGUGGGGGCUGGGUUAGGGGUAGAGGUGGGG